AUGCUUGGAAAGGUCGCCUUUGAGGAAGCCUUCAUCCUGCCCAGCUUCGCGGAGAAGCAGCGCUGGUGGGCUGGGCUGUUCGCCAUUGAUAAGGACAGGCACGUUGACGAGAUCCUGGACAUUACAAAGACCCGCAUCGAGUACAUGGACAAGCAUGGCGUCGGAUACACCAUCCUGUCUUACACAGCGCCUGGCGUCCAAGACAUCUGGGACCCCAAGGAGGCCGGCAGCCACGCGGUCGAGAUCAACGACUACAUUGCAGACGCCAUCAAGGACCACCCCACGCGCCUGGGUGCCUUUGCCACCCUCUCCAUGCACGACCCCAAAGAGGCUGCCGAGGAGCUCCGCCGCUGCGUGACAAAGUACGGCUUCAAGGGCGCACUGGUCAACGACACGCAGCGCGCCGGUCCGGACGGCGACGACAUGAUCUUCUACGACGGGCCCGAGUGGGACGUCUUCUGGUCGACCGUGACCGAACUCGACGUGCCCUUUUACUUGCACCCCCGCAACCCCACGGGUACCAUCCACGAAAAGCUCUGGGCCAAGCGCAAGUGGCUCAUUGGCCCCCCGCUCAGCUUCGCCCAGGGCGUGAGCCUGCACGCGCUCGGCAUGGUGACCAACGGCGUGUUCGACCGGCACCCCAAGCUCCAGAUCAUCCUCGGCCACCUGGGCGAGCACAUUCCCUUUGACAUGUGGCGCAUCAACCACUGGUUCGAGGACAUCAAGAAGCCGCUCGGCCUCGACUGCAAGCUCACGAUCCGCCAGUACUUUGAGCGCAACCUGUGGAUCACCACGAGCGGCCACUUUUCGACCACCACGCUGCAGUUCUGCAUGCAGGAGGUCGGCGCCGACCGCAUACUCUUCUCGAUUGACUAUCCGUUUGAGAACUUUGCCGACGCGUGCGACUGGUGGGAUGAGAUGCACAUGAACGGGAGCGACAAGAAGAAGAUGGGCAGGGACAAUGCAAAGGCCCUGUUCAAGCUGGGCGAAUUUAAGGACAGCGAGGCGCCGCUAUAG